AUGGUCGGCAAGGUUUCGGAGAGGGUUCUCCUCCGAGAGGGGCUGGAGAGAACCGACAAUGGCAUGAAGCUGACGAGCUGGCCCGAGGUGACGCCCAUCAACCAGAAAAACUACUACACCGACUACAUGAAGCGCGAUGACCAGGUUCUCGCUCUUCGACUUCAAAGCGAUGCGACGCGCGACCGUCUCGUCCAGACCGCCCGAGAUCGCGACCGGCUCCUCUCCAAGCCCGCCAACGGCGAACUUCCCCUCCCCGUGCCGGACCUCGCCGAAGAAGACGGCGCCACCACGCCAUCGGGAGCCGUGGACCCUUCUAGGAUCAUUGUGAUUCACCCUGGCAGCCAGAACCUCCGCAUCGGCUUCGCCAGCGACGCCCUUCCCAAGACAAUUCCCAUGACGCUCGGCACGAGAUUUCCACAAACAGAGUCCGACAUGUACGAAGCCCUCCCUCGGCGGCAGUUCGAGGCCAAGACGACAGAUCAACACGAGCUCAAGACGGAGAUGCGCGCCAACAAGCGCAAAGUGCUACCAAACUCCAAAGAACUCGUCCAGACAUUCAAUCGCCGGACCGAGCCUGAAGUCAUCCAGAAGCACAACGACCCCUUGGAAAUCGAGUGGACGGACAUCAAGACCCUCGAGGACCCAGAAUCUCCUGCCUCGUGCUUUAUCGGCAACGAUGCUUUGCGCGUGCCCGACGACUCGGACCCGAAAUUCAAGCUAUGGUGGCCGAUUCGCAACGGAUGGUGGAACGAGGACGACUACACAAGUCAGGAACACCUCUACGACGACUUCGAGACGCUCUUGGACAGGGCACUUCGGCAAGAGCUCGGGCUCAAGACGAAUAGCGAAUGGCAGCAGUACAGCUGCGUCUUUGUCAUCCCGGACCUGUACGACAAGCGAUACGUGGAGCAGAUUCUGCGCUCGUGCAUGACGUGGUUCGAAUUCAGCAGAUUAUGCUUCGUUCAGGAAAGCAUGGCCGCAACCUUCGGCGCCGGCUAUACGCAGGCCUGCGUCGUGGACGUUGGGGCCCAAAAGACGUCGGUGACGUGCGUGGAAGAUGGCCUCUGCAUUGAGGAUUCGAGGGUGAAUCUCAAGUACGGUGGGUACGACAUUACCGAGACGUUCAUCAAGAUGAUCCUAUACGACAACUUCCCGUAUCAAGACAUCAACUUGCAGAGACGGUAUGACUUUCUGCUGGCUGAGGAGCUCAAGAUGAAGCAUUGCACCAUGUCCCAGGCCGACAUCUCGGUGCAGCUCUACCAGUUCCACGUCCGCGCGCCGAACCAGCCUACCAAGAAAUACACGUUCAAGACGUACGACGAAGUCAUCCUGGCAGCCAUGGGAGUCUUUGAGCCAUCCAUAUUCGACAACAGCGUCAAGUUGAGGGGACGACGGAAGCUGGUUGAGCGCUCCUACAAUGCCUACGAUGUCUACAUUCCCGACGACCCGUCGUCCGCGGCGCAGCUGGCGAUAUUGGCCCUGGUGAAGCCGUCCCUAACAUCGAGCGCCAACGGAGCACUGCAACUAUCGCAGCCAGAAGUGUCAACGCCGAGCAAGGAGAGAUCGCAGCCAUUCAAUUUUCUGGGCAAGAGUGAAGCCGCCAUUAACGGCACACCUGCAGCAUCUCACGCUGGAUCCCCGGCGCCAGAAGGGACCAGCACGCCCAUUCCCCCGCCGUUUUUGUUUGGAUCCAGUAAAGACGGCGGCGGCUACGACAGCCCUGCGCCGAGUGGCACGCGUGCCGCCGGCACGCCGGUCCCCGGACAGUUCUCUCAGGUCUCCCAGCCUCCCCCGGGGGUGUUUGUGGACGGCCCGGAACGAAGUGCGGCGAAAGUAGCGGCGGAGAGAGACUCUGUCCUCCCCAUCGCGCCCUUGGACAUUGCUAUCCUCACGAGCAUUCAGAACGCCGCUAAGAACGACGACAAGAAGCUGCGGGAUCUUUUGGGAAGCAUCAUGGUGAUUGGCGGCGGCUCCAAGGUCCCGCAGUUUACGGUUGUACUGGAGGAGAAGCUAAAGGCGCGGCGACCUGACUUGGUUGAUAGGAUCCUGGUCAGCAGAAGCGCCAGGGACAUGGACGAGCAGGUGGUGGCUUGGAAGGGUGCGAGCGUGUUUGCGAAGCUCUCAACCAACGAUUCGUGGAUCACGCCCUUUGAGUUUGAGAGAUUAGGGUCGAGAGCCCUCCACCACAAGGUGCUUUGGGCUUGGUGA